AUGGAUAUUAUAGCGUCGAUUGUAGUUCAAUUCGUGCUGGUGGCUAUUGCGCUAGCAACCACUGUCCUACGAUGCUACAUCCGUGUUUUUCUUGAACGUCGUACAUUGACCCUCCCGGAUUACCUUGUAUGGGGAGCAUGGUUCAGCGCUCUCGGCUUUUCUGUAGGAUCGGCCGUUGCUCUCAAGCUUCAGCUUGCCCAUCCGUUGACCGAGCAUGAUCUCCUCACGGAUUCGACCGCAUACAUGAAGACGGUGUUCGUAAUGUGCUACUUCUUCGAUUUCGGGAUCUACUUCCCAAAGGCGUCCCUGGUCGCUUUCUUAUGGUGGCUGAUUCCGCUUGGCUUCCGGCGUCGAAUCGCCGUGUACUUCUCUGCUGUGUAUGUUGGAUGCUGCUUCGUCGCUACUGUACUUUCGGACACCUUGCAUGCUCCGCACAUCUCCGACAACUGGUCACUGGAGAACCAGUUGGAUUCCACAUGGAACUCGUACACCACCUUCGCUGUUAAUUGGGCCUUGAACUGGUCUACUGAUCUUCUUCUGUUCAUUGUCCCCUUCUUUCUGCUGAGCAGCCUGAAAUUGCGUAAGCGUCAGAAGAUUGCUUUGUGCGGUGUUUUCUCCCUUGGCAUGAUUACUAUUGCUAUCAGCCUAUCGCGAUUCAUCGUGUACACGGUCACGGAUUACUUCGUCGAUGAUGCGACUGGUAAUCUUUGGUGCACAGCCGAGAUGUGCACAGCAACCAUUGUUGUCUCUCUACCCGCAUUGAAGGCUCUCGUCGUCCGCACCUCACCGAACGACUCCUCGUAUCCUCGAAGUACCGAUGGCUAUCAGCAGCACCCGGGCUCCAAGCCUCUCGGCAAUCAGGGCGUGUCAAGAUCACACGUUCAAGGUGGCAGAAUCAGCGACGAUGAAUUGGAACUGGUCUUUCAGGGGUCCCAAACAGAUUCGACCAGACAGGAUGAUAGGAAAGAUAAUGUGAUGGUUACGACAGAAUGGAAUGUCAGGACGCAUGCUGUGUGA